GCCCCCUCCCGUCUCGUCGUGGCUUUUCCAAACCCUCCGAGGAGAGCGGGAUCGUUCGGUCCUUCCUGUAUUUCCGACCAUUACAGGAUCUAGAGAUGUCUACGACGCUGUUAUCUGCCUUCUACGACAUCGACUUCUUGUGCAAGACGGAGAAGUCGCUGACCAACCUCAGCAGCAUGCUGGACAAGAAGGCCGUGGGCACCCCGGUCGCCUCCUCCGGCUCCAGCUUCGCGCCGGGCUUCCUGCGGCGGCACUCGACCAGCAACCUGCCGGCCCUGGCCGCCGGCGCCAAGUUCCCCAGCCCCGCCGGCUCCAGCUCGUCCUCCUCCUCCUCGUCCUCGUCCUCCUCCUCGUUCGGCGGCCUGAAGGAGCCGGGCUCCGGCGGCGGGGGCGGCGGCGGCGGCAGCCCCACGGCCCUGCUGAACAAGGAGAACAAGUUCCGGGACCGCUCCUUCAGCGAGAACGGCGAGCGCAGCCAGCACCUGAUGCAGCAGCUCCAGCAGCAGCAGGCGGCGGCCGGCAAGGGUGGCGGCUCGGGGGGCGGCGGGGCGCCCAUCAACUCCACGCGCUACAAGACGGAGCUGUGCCGCCCCUUCGAGGAGAGCGGCGCCUGCAAGUACGGCGAGAAGUGCCAGUUCGCCCACGGCUUCCACGAGCUGCGCAGCCUCACCCGCCACCCCAAGUACAAGACCGAGCUCUGCCGCACCUUCCACACCAUCGGCUUCUGCCCCUACGGCCCGCGCUGCCACUUCAUCCACAACGCCGACGAGCGCCGCCCGGCGCCCGGCGGGGGCACGGCCGCCGCCCCCCCGCCCUCGGCCGCCGCGCCGCAUCAGCACCACCACCACCACCACCACGCGGCCCCGCACCCCGCCGGCAGCACCGGCGACCUCCGCGCCUUCGCGCCCCGCGAGCACCCGCUGGGCGGCGGCUUCGGGCACCCGCGCGGCGGCGGCGGGGAGCGGCCCAAGCUGCACCACAGCCUCAGCUUCUCCGGCUUCUCCGCCCACCACCACCACCAACACCACCCCCCGCACCCGCACGGCGCCGCCCCGCCGCCGCCGCCCGGCGGCCGCUUGGAGGCCGCGCUGCUGGAGAGCCCCGGCGGCUCCCGCACGCCGCCGCCGCCCGCCUCCGCCUCGUACUGCGAGGAGCUGCUCUCUCCGCCCUGCGCCAACAACGCCUUCGCCUUCUCGGGCCAGGAGCUGGGCAGCCUGAUCGCGCCGCUCGCCCUGCACACGCCCGGCUUCGCCGCCGCGGCCGCCGUGGCCGCCGCCGCCUACUACCGCUGCCAGCAGCAGCAGCCGCCGCCGCCGCCCGGGGGCUGCCCGCCGCCCCCCGCCUCGCCGCCCUUCAGCUUCCAGCCCCUGCGCCGCCUCUCCGAGUCGCCCGUGUUCGACGCGCCGCCCAGCCCGCCGGACUCGCUCUCGGACCGCGAGAGCUACCUGAGCGGCUCGCUCAGCUCCGGCUCGCUCAGCGGCUCCGAGUCGCCCGGCCUGGACUCGGGCCGCCGCCUGCCCAUCUUCAGCCGCCUGUCCAUCUCCGACGACUGAAGGAUGGAUGGAAGGAAAGAAGGAAGGGGCCGCGGGCGGUGGGGCGCGGGGAGCGAGCCGGCCCCCCUCUCUAUUUGUCUGUUGUCGUUUUUUUUUUUU